AUGGCACAGAAGGGCAUUGAACGGAUCGAGAGCACCGUUUCCAAGAUCUCCAUUGGCAAGGGCCCUGAGAAGCUGCAGUGGAGCAGCUGCAUCGCACCUGGACGUUCGUGGUGCAUUCUCAUCGACCCGAAGCUAUGCACGCGCGGACUCGGACAUUUGGCUCAAUCUGCAUAA